CCCUUUGACUAAUAAAGCAAUGUUGUCGCUUUGAUGACGUCCUCUUUACCCGCUGUCAGAGAUAGGAUUGGAAUUUUAAGUCCACCAUCCAUCACAAAUCUACAAUGGCCGAGGAAGGCAUCGCUGCCGGAGGUGUGAUGGAUGUCAACACCGCUCUGCCCGAGGUGCUCAAGACCGCCCUCAUCCACGACGGGCUGGCGCGUGGAAUCCGCGAGGCCGCCAAGGCUCUCGACAAGCGCCAGGCUCACCUCUGCGUCCUGGCAUCCAACUGUGACGAGCCCAUGUAUGUCAAACUGGUGGAAGCCCUCUGUGCUGAGCACCAGAUCAACCUCAUCAAGGUCGACGACAACAAGAAGCUCGGCGAGUGGGUUGGUCUGUGCAAGAUCGACCGUGAGGGCAAACCCAGAAAGGUGGUGGGCUGCAGCUGUGUGGUCGUCAAGGACUACGGCAAAGAGUCUCAGGCCAAGGACGUCAUUGAGGAGUACUUCAAGUCCAAGAAGUAAAGCGCAGAAUAAAAAGCCUUUUUGAAGUGAAACGA